ACUCAAGUUAAGUUCUAGAGAGAGAAAAACAUGUUAGAAGAUGAACAAAUCGCGGCAGCGGCCGGCGUUUCCGCCUGUUUUCUUCUUCUAAUAAUUGUUUUUCUCCUACGUUGUUUUUGUCUACCAAGAGAGAGAAUCUCAUCAUCGGAGAUGAAUCAUAGGAAAACGGAAAGUCUUCAAACAGGAAUCGAAGAACUUCAUCGUCAAAGCAUACACAAUGAGAAUUUCGAGUUUAAUCGAAGCAGACAUUCAAAUUACAGUAACAUAUUCCACAAAGAACAAUCAUCAAAUUCACUGUUUAAUUGGAGCGAUCAUCCAUCGCUUGUUUCAGACGCAGUCGAAAAUGGGUGGUCACAAUUUGCGUUUUUUGGGCAGAAUUCAUCAUCUUUAACGUCAAAUAGAUCGACAAGAGCAGCAGCGAUUCUGGGUUCAUGUGCUGCAGUAGUUGGUGAUCGAGGAAGAGUAUUAGAAAUGGAAUCAACUUGGGAAAUUAGCGAUGGAUCGACUGAUUUUAUGCAGAAAAUUAGGUUAAAUCCUGGAUUGAAAAGGAUAAAUCCUAAUAAUCUAUGUAUAUGUACUACUGGUUUACCAUUACCAGGACCUUGUUUAGGAAACUCAUCUGCUUUUCCUCAAGAAGCUUAUUUUGAGAUAACUGUAUUGCCGUUUUCUGAAGAAGAAGAGAUGGGUAAACGUGAAUGUGAGAAGACGAAGCUGAUGGAUGAGAAUUUUCAUGGAAAGAUGAAUUCUGAAUCGAUUGUUCAUGCGAUGGCUGGUAGUGAAAACAAGAAUUUGAGAGAAUUGAUGAUGGGUGAAGGUUUUUUGUUGAUUGGUCUUAGUAGAGGUGGUUUUCUUUCUUCGAAGAAGAUGCCUGGAAGCUUCCCUGGUUCGGUUGGUUUCAAUUCUAAUGGCUCUGUUUAUCUUGAUGGAAUCAAACAUUCAUCUGGUUCGAAAGACAUAAAAAAGUUAGAAGAAGGUCGAGUGAUAGGAUGUGGUUACAAUCCAUCAGAGAAGGAAGUCAUAUUCACUAUAGACUCAGAAGUGAUCUACAUCAUCCAAUGCAAGUCAGAAGAAUAUGGAACUCCACUUUAUCCAAUGCUGGCAUCAGACAUGGAUUUGAGCCUUCAUAUAAACCUUGGCCAGAGCAGUUUCAGGUAUGAUCCGGCCAAUGAACAAAGGAACCCUAAUCCAUGCUUUGUAGCUCCGUCUGCGAAUAGAGGGUCGGGGUUUGAUGAAGAUAGUAAAGAGCUGUUCUCUAUGGGAAGGAUUGAUUCACAAUGGCUAAGGAGAGGUGCAAGUAGAGGAGGAGUAGAUUAUGAUGUUGAAUCUGAAGGUGAUUUAUUUGAAAUUGUUAUAGAUAGUAGUAGUAGUAAGCAUGGAAGAUCUCCUAACUCAAUCUUGUAGAAAGAUUACAUUUUUUUAAUCUGUGAAUAAUAAUACUAAUAAACAAAUUUAGAUAUCAGUU